UUGAAUAUUUUAAGAAACUGAGCUACUCUAUAAAGAAUUGCCAAAAUAAAUACAAUAAAAUAAAACUUCUUUCUUAGUUUAAAUUAAAUUCAUGGGUUUUUGUUAUUAUUAACUGCGUGUCUUAAAGGCUUCGUUUGAGAUCUAUACUUGUAGAGAUUUGCAAUAGAGAGAGAAUAUUAGUUCUUGAGACAAGAGAGGCGUUUCAUUGAAAGAGAUUGGGGACCAAAAAUAUUGUGCAAGUUUCACAUGAGUUGGAGUAAACAACUACUCUUGUUCAGGAGAUUUAUAAUAGUUCUUGCGGUAGGGCGUCGGGAUCACUAUUUUGUUGCAUGGAACUUAGUUUAAAUGCACGGGUUUGAUUGGUUUCUUAUGAUCACAGCUAAUGCUGAAAUUUGGUGUCAGCAGACCAACUUCUUAAUUUAUCUGUGAGAAAUUUCAUUGGAUUGAUACAUCCAAGUGUAAUUUUUAGGCCGCCAGUCCAGAAGUGUCUAUGUCAUUGUUUGAUACAGUUAUAAAGCUUAGUAAUGUGUUUUUCAAGAAAAGGGAAUUGACUUUCGGCUUUUUCAUGUAAAUCAUGUUUAAAUAGUUUUAGUGUUUUACUGAACAAUUAGUUGGAAGACAGCCCGUUCUCCAGUGAAUCUAGAUUAGGCAGCAAAAAGCUAUGUAUAGUAUUUAUCUUGUAAUUCCUUGGGAGGUUGUUCUGUUGCCUGGGAUUUCUAGUUAAUUAAUUUACUGUUUUGAUCUUACAUCUCGCUGGCGGUAUCAAUUAGCACCAUGGAAGCUGAUUUUACGUAUUCUAAUACUAACAACCAGCCUAGAAUUCUUCACCAUCUGCUUCCAUCUGCUGGACCUGUAAUUUUAAUUGCUAUUGGAUAUGUUGACCCUGGAAAGUGGGCGGCAACUGUUGAAGGUGGUGCUCGUUUUGGGUAUGAUCUGGUAUUUCCUAUGCUAAUUUUUAGUUUUGCUGCUAUUUUGUGCCAUUACCUUGCUGCUCGAAUUGGCGUGGUUACUGGAAGAGAUCUUGCCCAGAUUUGCAAUGUUGAGUACGACAACUUUACGUGCAUGUUUCUUGGAGUUCAAACAGCGCUUUCCGUGAUUGCAUUAGACCUCACUAUGAUCAUUGGCAUUGCGCAUGGACUUAACUUUCUCUUUGGGUUGGACUUGUCUGCUGGUAUUUUUUUAACCGCCAUUGACGCUGUUUUAUUUCCACUUCUCGCCACCUUUCUGGAGAAAUGCAAGGCAAUUUUCCUAUGUACAUGCGUGGCAAGCUGUAUAUUGCUUUUCUAUUUUCUUGGAGUGCUCACCAGUCAAACAGAAAUAUCACUUUCCUUCAAUUGGACGCUUACCAAGUUAAGUGAGGAAAGUGCAUUUGCCCUGAUGAGCCUUCUUGGAGCCAAUCUUAUGCCUCAUAAUUUUUACCUCCACUCUUCUUUUGUGCUGCAGCAACAGGGUCGUCAAAAUGUUUCCAAAGAUGCCUUGUGCCAUCAGCAUUUUUUUGCCAUCUUAAGCAUUUUCAGUGGCAUUUAUGUGGUGAAUUAUGUGCUUAUGAAUUCAGCUGCAAAUGUGUUCAACAAUACUGGCCUUGUUUUACUUACUUUUCCUGAUGCAAUGUCUCUAAUGGAACAGGUGUUCAGAAAUCCAGUGGCACCCCUUGUCUUUCUGAUGAUUUUGUAUUUUGCAAAUCAACUAACAGGGUUAACCUGGAAUUUUGGUGGGCAAGUAGUUGUGAAUGAUUUUCUCAAACUAGACAUACCAAAUUGGCUUCAGCAUGCUACAAUUAGAGUUAUGGCCAUUGUUCCUGCUCUUUGUUGUAUAUGGACUUCAGGAGCUGAAGGAAUAUACCAGUUGCUUAUUUUUACACAGGUCAUGACAGCUCUACUUCUUCCGGCUUCUGUGAUUCCACUUUUCCGGAUUGCGUCAUCAAGGCCAAUAAUGGGUGUCUACAAAAUAUCUCAGAUUUUGGAGUUUAUAGUGGUGAUUAUUUUCAUGGGAUUAUUAGGCUUAAAGAUUAUAUUUGUGGUAGAAAUGAUUUUUGGGGAUACAGAUUGGGUUAGUAAUUUGAGGUGGAACAUGGGUACCAGUGCAGCUGUCCCUUACGUUUCUCUUCUCAUCACCGCUUGUUCUUCAUUCUGUUUGAUGCUUUGGUUGGCUGCGACACCAUUGAAGUCUGCUACACUGUUAGAUGCUCAAUCAUGGAACUGGGAUAUACCCAAUGUACAUGAACUAUCUACACAGAAAGAGGAAAAUGUUGCGAGAGAAACGAUUUAUGAUAGAGUGGAAGCAAUUCACAAUCAGGAAGAAUUACCAGAACCAGUGGGUUCCAUGGAGACUUAUGCAGAUCUAGCUGGUCCAAAUGCAGAGCCUAAUCUGCCUGAGACAUUAAUGGAAUCUGACAGGGAACUUCAUUUGACAACAAUUGAGGAAGAUCAAGCUGAUGUCAGGUUUAGCAACUCCCUGAAAUCCUGUCAGGAGGAAUCAACAUCCACGGUAGAUGAAGUAUCAGUUUCAACAGUUGUUAAUGAAGUUGCUGAUUCUGAUCUCCCAGAUACUGUGGAAGUUAAUAUCGAGCCAAUGCCCCAAAUUGAGAAGACCGUGUCGAUAGAGGGAGAUUUACAGGCUGAAAAGGAGGACGACGAGGGUGAUACUUGGGAGUCCGAAGAAUCAUCUAAAGCUGCUCCUGGAAGCUAUUCGUCUCUGGCGGCUGAUGGUCCACCAUCAUUCAGGAGUCUAAGUGGUAAAAGUGAUGAUGGUGGGAAUGGUCCUGGAAGUCUUUCCAGAUUAGGAGGGUUGGGGCGCGCUGCAAGGCGUCAGUUGGCUCAGUAUCUUGAUGAGUUUUGGGGACAUUUAUAUGAUUUUCAUGGGCAAUUAACACACGAAGCCAAAAACAAGAAACUCGAUUUGUUACUGUCUGAUUCAAAGCUUGCAUUGUCCCUGACUAAUAUGGAUAUUACUGGGAAGGAAUUUAGCGGAUAUUAUCCAUCAGGUGGUAGAGGAUCCGAUUCUCUGAUAACUACAAAUGUAUGUGAUUCCCCAAAGCAGAUGAGGGUACAAAGCGGUAUUGACUCAUCAUAUGGAGUUCAAAGGGGAUCAUCCUCACUGUGGUCCAGCCACGUGCAAUUAUUGGAUGCAUAUGUGCAAGGUUCGAGCCGCAAUGUUGUUGACUCUGAGAGGCGUUAUUCUAGUGUGCGCUCUCUCCCGUCAUCUGAGGUCUGGGAUAACCAGCCAGCUACCGUACAUGGUUAUCAGAUUGCAUCUAUCAUCAAUAGAAUGGCUAAGGACAGAAAUCCCAGCGACUUGAAUGGUCAGAUGGAGUCACCAGCACCUAUGUCUCCAUCAUUGGGUCCUAGAAACUACCGGGAUCCACUUGCAGUUGCCUUGGGGCAAAAGUUGCAAAAUGGAUUAAGUUCUCAAGCCUCAAGGUACCAGAACUUUCCACCAACUGGAAACAGCCCACUGCAGUCUGAAAGGCCAUAUUAUGCUGUUUGCUCUUCGGCACUUGCUGAUAACACAGGGAUGUCAGUCAAUACUAAGAAGUAUCAUAGCUUACCGGACAUAUCAGGAAUUGCUGGUCCUUACAGGGAUAGGUAUUUGUCUGAGAAGAGUACUCAGUGGGACAAUACUGUUGGAUUUGGAGCAUCUGUUGGCAGAACAUGUUAUGAGCCUUCUUUAUAUUCAAAUACUGGAUCAGGAGUUGGAGGUUCGUUCGGUUUUGAUAGCGCUUCAAAAGGUUAUGGCGAUGCUUUCUCGUUUCCUUCUUCUGACAAUGGAUCCAUCUGGUCCAAACAGCCAUAUGAGCAGUUUGGCAUUGCUGAUAAAAGUCGUGCUGUCGGAAGUGGAUUAGGAAGCAGGUCAAAUUCAAGUGGCCGAGAAGCCAUUUCUGUUGUAGAUUCAGAGGCCCAGCUUCUUCAGAUGUUUAGAGCUUGUAUUGUAAAGAUUAUGAAAUUGGAAGGGUCUGAUUCCCUGUUUAGGCAAAAUGAUGGAGCAGAUGAAGACCUGAUUGAUCGUGUGGCUGCAAGGGAAAGAUGUCUGUAUGAAGUUGAAACGAGAGAGAUAAACCGCAUGGUUGAAAUUGGUGAGACUCCGUACUCUUAUUCCGAUAGGAAGUCCACCUCCUUGUUGAAGAAUAACGAGGCGGGUAUAAACAGCAUUCCAGUUUCCUCCGUUCCUCAUUGUGGGGAGGGCUGUGUUUGGAAAGCAGAUUUAGUAAUAAGCUUCGGGGUGUGGUGCAUUCACCGAGUUCUUGAUCUUUCCCUUGUGGAAAGCCGGCCAGAGUUGUGGGGGAAAUACACUUAUGUGCUAAAUCGUCUUCAGGGAAUAGUUGAACCAGCAUUUUCCAAGCCUCGAAGUCCGGUAUCUCCGUGCUUCUGCCUUCAACUCUCCGCGGCAUAUCAACGUAAGUUGAGUCCACCUGUUUCAAAUGGAAUGUUGCCCCCUGCUUCAAAGCCAGGGAGGGGAAAGUGCACAACAGGCGCUAUGGUUCUCGAUUUGAUUAAAGAUGUAGAGAUCGCCAUAUCUUAUCGAAAGGGUCGAUCAGGCACUGCUGCUGGCGAUGUAGCUUUCCCAAAGGGAAAAGAAAAUUUGGCUUCUGUCCUUAAACGUUAUAAACGACGAUUAUCUAACAAGCCUAUUGGGAGCAAAUGAGGAGUUUGGAAAGGUAAGUGUUGUCAGCUCCUUACUGAUCAUGUCUCAUGUCGUAGACUCGUAGGGCUGCUUCAACUGGGUAAAUUUUAAGCUGUUUGAUUUUGGAAAACAGCUUAUGCCCUGGAUCAGGAUCACUCUUUCUUUUUUGCUCUCCCUUGUGUAUUAAAAUGUCAAUGUUCUGCAAAUUUCACUACGCUGUAUGUUAUAUAUACCAUAGGAUAAAAAGGUUACGUAUUUGCAGAUGAAAAUCAGUAGAAAGGCGAAAAGUCGAUAAAGUGCAUUUCUAGUUUCAGCUACUGUCAGUCACUUUUGUGUUUCUUUUUACGGCAAAAUAUAGAUGCUUCAUGGGGUUGGGGUGGUGGGAAAAGCCUGAGAAGUAGCUAAAAAUCUAUCUCUAUUUAAGAGAGUAGUAAAGAUGGGAAAGAGUAUGUACAUAUUGCCUGUAACUGUAAGUGACAAACUUGUGAUGUUUUACGUUUUCAUUUAGUUCAAUAGCAAACUCAAACAGGGUCUUCCAUGUUCA